AUGGCGUCUUUCUUGCACAAGGUUUUCGACAAGGCGGAGGAGGGCAUUCAGAGGACUGGCGAUACUCUCACCGGUAUCUUCAACCCCGACCGCCGUCACGACGACCCGAUCGAGAAAGAGCACGAUGCGAUACGUACUGAGAUCGCGGAGAGCCAUCGUUUUCAGUCGUUCGCUGACGAGAGGGAGAACAACUUCGUGAAAUGGCACAUCGACGGGCACGACUACUUCUACGCUCUUUCAGAGAUGCUCGAGAGCGCGAAAGAAUGUAUCUUCAUCUUGGAUUGGUGGCUCACCCCGGAACUGUACCUCCGCCGCCCGCCGGCGUAUAACGAAGAAUGGCGCCUCGAUAGGGUGUUGCAGAGGAAAGCGGAGCAGGGUGUGAAGAUUUAUGUUAUUGUGUACAAGGAGGUCACGCAAACGAUGAGCAUGAGCUCGCACCAUACGAAGGUCGCGCUGGAGGCUUUGCACCCUGAGAUCGCGUGUAUGCGUCACCCGGAUCAUAUCGGGUCGAAAGACGACGUCGAGUUCUGGUCUCACCACGAGAAGGUCGUAGUCGUAGACAACCACCGCGCCUGCAUCGGCGGUCUCGACAUCUGCUUCGGCCGCUGGGACACAAACACGCAUCCUCUCGCCGACGCGCACCCUACCGAUUUCAGCAAGACGCUCUUCCCCGGCCAGGACUACAAUAAUGCGCGGAUCAGCGAUUUCCAGGAUGUGAUGAAUUAUGUUAGUGGGACUAUUAGUGUGGCGGAGAGUCCGAGGAUGCCGUGGCAUGAUGGAGGGUGGAGGGAGGGUGGAGGGAUGGAAGGAGAAGUCCAUAUGACGCUUUCGGGCCCGGUCGUGCUCGAUAUCGUGCAGCAUUUCGUGGAGAGGUGGAAUGAAGUCAAGACUCGCAAGUAUAAAGCCGACGCCCGCUACGACUGGCUCGCCCUCCCGCACAACAUAACCUUCGCCCCCAACGAAGCCGUCGUCCGUCACCCGCACCGCGAGCGCUGGCACGGCAUGGGCCGCCAAUUCCGUCAGAGGUUCCAUAUGGAGCCGGAGGAAGAGGAACUGGAGGAGCAUGAGCCGAAGAGGCCGUGGGGGAGCUGUAGGGUGCAGUGUGUGAGGAGUGUGAGCGAUUGGAGUCAUGGGGUGUUGACGGAGCAUAGUAUUCAGAAUGCUUAUGAUCAGGGAGGCGAACCAUUUCGUCUACAUCGCUCGAUUGAGCAUGAUCCGAUCGCUGACGACUUUACAACCACAGAGAACCAGUUCUUCAUCUCCAACACGAAGAAAGAUGGUCCCGUUGUGAACCAGAUCGCCGCCGCCCUCGUCGAGCGUAUCGUCCAAGCCGCUCAGGCCGGCCAGAAGUUCAAGGUUGUCGUCAUCAUCCCCGAGCUGCCCGCGUUCUCUGGAGACGUAAAAGACGAAACGGCGCUGAAGACGAUCAUGGCGGCUCAGUACAGGACCAUCAACCGUGGCGGGAGCAGUAUCUAUGAGGAGAUCAGGAAGGCCGGAUAUGAGCCGAUGGAUUACAUCCGAUUCUACCAUCUUCGUGUUUAUGACCGUAUCAACGCUCCCCUCUCCACCUUCAUCGCCAAGGCCGAAGAAGACUCCGGCGUGAAAUUCAACGAAGCCCAAGUCGCCCUCGCCCGCCAAUGGGUCGGCGACUCCGCCGACACCUCCUCCGACGGCCAGCCCAAAGAAGUGACCAUCAAGCUCGCGGAGCCCACCACGGAGGGCAUGGUCGUGUCGAAGAAGACGGACGUGAAGACGGAGAAGUUCCCGUUGCCGACGAGUAAGGCCGAGGCUGUGGAGAAGAUCGAGAGGUUCGAGAGGGCGGCGAAGAGGUUGAGGGGGGACGCGCAUGUUAGUGAUACGGUGGGGCAGCAUGCGUUGAAAGAUAGGACGGAGUUGGCGGAGGAGCAGUGGUUGGGGAGUGAGGAGGAGGAGUUGGCCUCAUAUGUAUCUGAGUUGUCCUACAUCCACACGAAGUUGAUGAUCGUUGACGAUCGUCGUGUUAUCAUGGGCUCCGCCAACCUCAAUGACCGUAGCCAGAAGGGUGACGGUGACUCCGAGAUUGCGCUCGUGGUCGAAGACGGCGACAUGAUCCAGAGCACCAUGGAUGGCAAGCCCUUCAUGGCCGCCCGCUUCGCUGCCUCCCUCCGCCGCAGGCUCUUCAGGCAGCACCUCGGCUACAUCCCUCCGCAGAUCUGCCAAGACCGUGACGAGCACGUCACUGAAUUCAUGCGUCCCGCGCCCGUGGCGAACCCAGACGAGUUCGGCACUGCCGACGACGAGAUCAUGGCCGAUCCACUCUCGGAUGAGAUGGUUGAGCUGUGGCAGAAGACGGCGAAGGUGAACAGGGAGGUGUUCACGGAGUUGUUCAGGCCUGUGCCGACGAACUUGGUUAGGGAUUGGGAUGCGUAUAACAACUAUGUCCCGAAGGUCAAGACGGGUCACGUCGCGCCUGAUGUGCCUCUCGAGCGGGUCAAGGCCCGUCUCGCGGACGUCCGCGGUGCGCUUGUUGAAGCCCCUAUCGACUUCCUCAUCGACGAGAAGGACUUCGCCGAGGGCCCCGAGUGGCACGGACUGAACCCUACGUUGCCGAUCUACAUCUAG